ACGACUAAUCAUCUCUGUGGCCUUUGAAGUUAGCCGAGAUGGCAGGCCGUGGUGGGCGCUCGCCGAACCUUCCUUCUCUUACAUUCUCUUCCCCACACCGUCCUAGCAUUCAGCAAGAGGUGUGUGACCAAACAACAUGGCCAAGUCCAAGAACCACACCAAUCACAACCAGAACCGCAAGGCCCACCGUAACCCCAUCCGGCGCCCUAAGAAGCAGAAGCAUCCAUCCAUGCGAGGGGUUGAGCCCAAAUUCUUGCGCAACAUGAAGUUUGCCCGCAAGCACAAUCUUCCUGGCCCCAAGCAAAAGGUGGUGGCUGCAGCCCGGGCCAAGAAACGUGAGGCGUUGGCAGCAAAAAUCAGCAAUGUGUAGGAAAGCUGGCAUUUUGCUUGCUUUUGCACAUAUUUAAGGAAAAAAUAAAAUGUCACAGGUUC